CCAACUGGUUACUUCUCAGGGUUUGAUGGUGGCUUUGAAUUAACUAUUUGUAUCCACUUUCCCCGUCACUAGGGAGAGAAUUUUUCUUUUCCUUAAACUGAUUUUUUUAAAGGUUUUUGCAAUUUUUUUCUCUUCUCUAUUUUCCCUCCAUUUCUUACGUAGAAGUAUGGUUGAUACACAGUCAUACUGGUUUCAAGUAUACAACAGAGUUGUUUAACAGUUAACCCGUAUUGUUAAAUCCUCACCGCCACUAGUGUAGUUACUGUCAACAUAGUAAGAUAUUACAGAAUCAUUGACAGUAUUCUCCAUGCUGCACUACUGUGCCCAGUGACUGACUUAUAUUAUGAUUGAGAAUUUUUGUGCCCCUUAUCCACCACACCCUCCCCACCCUUCCACCCCAUCCCUUUUGCAAUGGUAGCCACUAGUCCAUUUUCAGUGUCUGUGAGUCUACUGCUAUUUUGUUGUUUUGUUUUCAUAGUCCACAGACAAAUGAAAUCAUAUGGUAUUUGUCUCCACAUGGCUUAUUUCACUUAGCAUAAUACCCUCUACCUGGCUUAUUUCACUUAGCAUGAUACCCUCUAGGUCCAUCCAUGUUGCAAAUUGCAGGAUUUCAUUUUUUAAUGGCUGAUGAAUAUUCCAUUGUGUAUAUUACCACAUCGUCUUUAUUCAUUCAUCUACUGACGGACACUUAGGUUGCUUCCAUAUCUUGGCUAUUGUUAAGUAAGGUGGUGAUAAACAUAGGGGUGCCUGUGUCUUUUGAAUCAGGACUUUUGUGUUCUGCAGGUAAAUUCCUAGAAAUAGAAUUUACUGGAUUGUAUGAUAUUUCUAUAUUUAGUUUUUUGAGGAACCUCCAUACUGCUUUCCACAAUGGCUGCACAAAUUUACAUUCCCACCAACAGGGUGUUGGAAAUUAAUAGCUCUUCUAGUAUUUACAUCAUUUAAAUACAGUAGUGUCAUUGGACUAAAAUGUUCCUGAUGCCAACCUCUUCAGAGUUAAACAGUGAGCAGAACUUCUUAACUCAGUGGAUGACCAAUCCUUCUCGGGCUGGGGUCAUAUUAAAUCGUGCACUUCCUCUUUCGGAAGCACACGAUGAGAAGCGGGUAAAUGUGACCAUUCCUACUAGCUUUCCUCUUAAAGCCCCACAUUUUUCAAAUAGCUUCAGCUUUAUAAGUGAAGAAGAUUCACUUCAUGACGGACAGAAGUUGGAGUCUAACAGCUCUUACAAACUACAGUCAGAUGAAUCUGAAACACCUACAGUCUUUCCUUUAACUAAAGAGAGACCACAAAUCGUGGCAUCUCAGGAUGCUCCUGGACACUGGGAAGAUAACAAAAGUGACUUUAUCUCAGAUCAUGGGAACGAAUUCAAGGAUGUGGAUUAUAAAGACCCACUUUUUAAAAAGCUUGAACAGCUGAAAGAAGUACAGCAGAAGAAACAGGAACAACUGAAGAGGCAACAGUCAGAGCAACUACAAAGGCUCAUGGAAGAACAAGAGAAGCUGCUUACUCUGGUGUCUGGGCAACACACACUCCCAGCUCCACUGCCUGACGAUCAAAGCCAGAAGUACAGGUCUCCAGGAAAUUCAGCCCCUGUAGAAAAAACCGCACCCUUCUUAUCAUCAUAUAUCUACCAGAAUCAAAUGCAAGCAAAAAUGCACACUUUCAACAUUUUAUCCACUGAACAAGACAACUUCUGUACUUCUCAAGAUUUUGUGUUGACUUCAAAAAGUAGUGCUUCUCACAAUAUGUUUUAUGAGGCACAAUAUCAAGAAGCUCUUGUGAAAAAAAACGAUUUGAAGGAAGAAAACCAUAACCUUCCUAUAGGAGAAGAUAUUUUACCAUGUUGGGAGAAAAUGAUGGAACCGAUUCAGGAAGGAAAUGAUACGAAUCUAAAAAAAUGCGGUGAUUCCUCAGAGGUGCUUAAUAUUGAAGAAAGGCCCAUCCAAGCUGCUAUUAGAGAAAAGAAACAGACAUUUGAAGACUACUUAGAAGAACAAAUUCAGUUGGAAGAACAAGAACUGAAACAAAAACAGGAAGCAGAAGGAUCAUUGCUAAUCAAAGCAAAACCAAAGCAUCCAUUCUUAAAACGAGGAGAAGGUUUAGCUAGAUUUAUUAAUGCUAAAUCUAAGUUUCAGAAAGGGAGAGAAAGUAAACCAGUGACUAAUCAGAGCAUUUCAGAGGACCAACCUGUGUUUAAAAUAGACAGACAACAAUUCCAGCGGAAAACUGCUCUUAAAAAUAAAGAACUGUGUACAGAGAACUCUCCUGUGAAAAAGAACAAUAAAACUAGAAUCAAGAGUGGUUUGUUCACACUUAAUCAGAAACCCAAAGUGCUGAAGAGUAAUAAUAGGAAAGGUCUCUCUCUGUCAGGACUGAAACUACUCACUGGGAGGAAAUGUGAUGGGCGAUUCAGAGACCAGAUCAAAUUAGAAAAAAAAGUAGAGUCUAAUGAUAAAGAAAAUGUACCUGAGUGUAUAAAACCUUGUGAUAUUAGUUGGAAAGUCUGGAAUAAGGCACAAAGUAAAAACAAACUUCCCCUUUCAAUAGGGCUGGUCAGCUGUGCGGCUUCUAAGAGUAUGAUAAGUGAGACCUUGAAAGAGUCAGAAUCUUCUCUUGACAUUUCUCUUCAGAAAAGGUUAGAGAAUUGGGAACGAGAAAAGGAAAAGGAAAAUUUAGAAUUAGAUGAAUUUUUGUUUUUAGAACAAGCUGCUGAUGAAAUAUCAUUUUCCAGUAAUUCCUCAUUUGUACUGAAGAUCUUAGAGAGGGACCAACAGGUCUACAAGUGUCACCGGCUGUCUUCUACCCCCGUCAAAGCUGUGCAGCAGGAGGAGAUGGCAGCUUUGGGACCCAUUAGUCAGUGUGCCCGAAUGGAGGAUCCAGACCAAACUAAAAAACAAAGUAAGGGUGAGUGUGAGGUUGCACCCAGACAGCUUGAUUCAGUGUUCUCGCCUGAAGGGCUGAGGGAACACUCUUUCAAAGCCAGCAGGAAAGCGUGCCCAACGAGCACUUCUGAAAAUCAAACUAGGUGGAACGUAAGUGAGGAUGAAGAUGUUGCGAACAGUGACAGCACUGACACUGAGGAACAACUUGACAUUGCCAUGAAACCGUCAGCUGAGGCUGAAGAGAGAGGUUUUAGCAGUAGAGAAGAUAGUCCACAAGUCUGUGAUGGUAAGGGACCUUUUAUGGACACUGGGACUCAAGAAGAUAAAGGGAGAGAUGUGGAUUUAGACUUGUCUGAUAAAGAUUAUAGUAGUGAUGAGUCUAUCAAAAUAGAAAGCUUGAAAAAUAAAGUUUCUGAGUCCACAAGAAGACCCUCAUCUGUAAGCGUGUGUAAAAUUGACUUUGAUGAUGAAAGAUCUUGGGCUGACCUUGAAGAAAAUUCAUUAAAACAUGAUGUUACUCCUGGGAAUGAAGCCAUUUAUGGUACUCCCCAGACAGCCUACCCUAAUACGAGUGAAAUAUAUGUACUGGACAAAACAGUAAAAAGGAAAGUUGCACCAGUCAAGAAGGGAGAAGACUUGAGCACAUCCAUUAGGAGCACAAGUCCCCCUCCUACAUCAGAUCUGAUGAUGAAAUUCUUUCCUUCUUUGAAACUGAAACCAAAAUCAGAUCGACAUUUGGGAAAUGAACCCAAAUUAAAUAUGAGUCAAGACCAACCAUCUGGUGACAGUACUAGAUCUCAAGUUUUGAGAGAGAAAGUUAUUGAAUUGGAAACAGAAAUAGAAAAAUUUAAGGCUGAGAACACAUCUUUAGCUAAACUUCGCUUUGAAAGGGAAAAGGCCUUGGAAAAGCUCAGGAAAGAAAUUGCAGACUUUGAACAACAGAAAGCAAAAGAAUUGGCUCGAAUAGAAGAGUUUAAAAAGGAGGAAAGGAGGAAACUACAAAAGGAACGCAAAGUUUUUGAAAAAUAUACUACAGUUGCAAGAACUUUUCCAGAUAAAAAGGAACGUGAAGAAAUACAGGUUUUGAAACAGCAGAUAGCAGAUUUACAGGAAGAUCUGAAAAGAAAGGAAGCAAAAUGGUCAAGCACACAUGGCCGUCUUAGAAGCCAGAUAGAAAUGUUGGUCAAAGAGAACACAGACCUCCGGGAAGAAAUAAAAGUGAUGGAAAGAUUCCGACUAGAUGCCUGGAAGAAAGCGGAGGCUACUGAGAGCAGUGCCAAGUUGGGUCAGUGUGCAACUGCUGUGAAAAAAGAUGGGUCCAUGAGCUCAUCAGUUCGAUUCCAAAAGAGUCAAAUUUCUUCAGGAACCCAAGUAGAAAAAUAUAAGAAAAAUUAUUUGCCAACACAAGGCAAUCCAUCUCGGAGGUCCAAGUCUGUGCCGCCUCAUGUUUUAGGCAAUUCGGAUAAAGGACAAACUGCCUCACCCAGGGAAUCCUCUGAACCAGCAGACAUCACAGAUCCUGAAUAUAAAGAGGAUGAUGAGAAAGAGGAAAAAGAAGGAAUUCAGGGAGAAAUCAGUCAUCCUGAUGGAAAGAUAGAAAAGGUUUAUAAGAAUGGAUGCCGUCUUAUACUGUUUCCAAAUGGAACUCAAAAAGAAGUGAGUGCAGACGGGACGACUGUCACCGUCAGCUUCUUCAAUGGCGAUGUGAAGCAGGUCCUGCCAGACGAGAGAGUGAUCUACUACUACGCAGCUGCCCAGAUCACUCACACUACUUACCCAGAAGGACUACAAGUCUUACAUUUCUCAAGCGGACAGAUAGCAGAAAAACAUUUCCCAGAUGGAAGAAAAGAAAUCACAUUUCCUGACCAAACUAUCAAAAACUUAUUUGCUGAUGGACAUGAAGAAAGCAUCUUCCCAGAUGGUACAAUCGUCAGAGUACAACGAAAUGGCAACAAAAUCAUAGAGUUUAAUAAUGGCCAAAGAGAACUACAUACUGCCCAAUUCAAGAGACGGGAAUAUCCAGACGGCACUGUCAAAACUGUAUAUAUUAAUGGUCAUCAAGAAACAAAAUAUUCAUCUGGUCGUAUAAGGGUUAAAGACAAGGAUGGUAUUGUUCUUAUGGACACAAAGUUUUAAUAAUCUUUGUGCAUGACUAAU